GGAGGGAAAAUAUCACGCUGAGAUUCACUAGACGGACCCAAACCUUUCGUCUCCUUCCUUCCUUCCUAAUUCCACCACACCAAACCCAAGAGGCACAUUAGCAGCCUUUCACACCGAGAAGUCCAGCAAUCCAUUCUUCCCAAACUGUUCUUUCUUCCCAUUUAUAUACAUGUAACCUACCCACCUACAGAAAAUCGAACCAUCAUCCAUGGAUUCUCUCUCCUCCGUCUCGCCUUCCAUUGUUCACCCUCCCACCAGUGACAUCUUCCGCCUCCGCCGCCGCCGGCGAAUCUCCGUUGCUUCUUUAUCCGCUUCCCACAACCGUCGUCUUCGUCGUGUUUCUUCUUCUUUCUUCGGCUUCUCGUACUCUCCAGAACUUCACAGAAGGAGAAUUCUUGAAGUUUCUUGUAGUCUGAGAAGUGGAGCCGCAGAUGAAGACGACGACGACGGAAGAGAGGACGUGGAGAGGGCGCUUCACCUGGAUGGUACCAUUCCUGGAACUUCGGAUGAGUUCGUGAAGCGGAUGUCGUCGCGUGCGUACGACAUGCGUAGACACCUACACCAGACCUUCGAUAGCAGCAGCUACGAUGUACUGGAGGCCAACCCUUGGCGAGAAACUUCAAAGCCUGUAUAUGUACUUGCCCAGAGGGAAAACCAAUUGUGCACUAUGAAAACCCGAAGGAAUCGCAGUGAAGUCGAAAGGGAGCUUGGGUUAUUGUUUUCCAAGGGAGGAAAGUGGACGUCUGGAAUUGAAAAUCAGCCCAAACAGUCAAGAACCGGGACAAAGUUUCAGAUGCUUGUGGAGGAUAUUAGGGAGGGAGUGCUAGUAUUUGAAGAUGAAAAUGAAGCGGCAAAAUAUUGUGACUUACUGCAAGGCGGAGGCCAAGGUUGUGAAGGUGUUGCGGAGAUAGAAGCCUCCUCAGUAUUUGAUCUAUGUCGGAAAAUGAGGGCUCUUGCAGUUCUCUUCCGGCGUGGGAGGACACCACCUCUACCUCAGAGCCUUGAGCUCAACCUCAAGGCACGCAAGCGGUCUCUUGAAGAUGCUGAGGAUUUGCUGUGAAGUUCCCAAAGUAUGAAGGAAGAACAUGUACGUACGAGAAACUAACGUUAUCAACGCUGAAGGUUGGAACUUGAUAAUGUAAUAUAAGUUUUGUUAGCCGACAGAAUAUACUCAUAAUUUACAAGUGAAUUAUACAGCUCGAAUGGAAAUUGCAUAAUUUGGUUUGUCUUCAAAGGUCAUGAUGAUUCCAUAUCUUAUGAACAAGUUGAAGCAACAUUGAUCUUCUCUUUUAAGCUUCACAUUCUCUGCAUAAAA